GUCUUCUUGUGCUUCGCUCAUGUUUCUAUCCGUUCUGGGAUCAUCCGCGCCGUGGCUCAUGACAGCAAGACGCAAUGCAACGGAAUACAAAAAUGGAGGGCGGGGAAGCUAAAGCAAGCUCGCGAGCUUGUCUGCCUCCGGCGGCGGCGAUCAUAUCAAAAACAAAGCUAA